CAGGAGGGCAGAGACCUUGAUGUGGUCCUGGGUUGUAACCAUUUUACACCAAAUGCAACUGACUUUUAAAUAUUGCUGUGUGCCUGCUGAAUCUGCUCUAGGAGAGAAGUGAAGGGAAGUGAUGGGUAAAGAGUUAAAAGGAGAGAGUGAGAGCAGGUUUGCUGGUACCCAGAAUGCAAUGGGAGGAUGCUGAUGAGAGACGUUGCCAUCUUCCUCCACCCCUCCUCUCCUCCAGUAUCCUCAGCAUCCCUCCUGUACGUCCCUUAUGCACAGCACAUAUAUCCAGAGAGAAAAAGCCUUGGGUGUUCGUCAACAUGGGCCACAACCUCCGUUAAAGACCAUGGGAGAUCCCAAGACAGUUGGGGGAAGUGUAAGGUUGCCUCCAGGACCUGAACUAGAGGCAGAGAGCAGAAUCCAGAAAGCGGCCGAGUUCAAGGCUGAAGGCAACCGAUGCUACAAAGACAAGAAAUAUAGGGAAGCCAUUGGCAAGUAUCAUCGGGCCUUGCUGGUCAUUAAGGGCGUUCACGAAGGAGGAGAUGGGCUGAGAUUGACUGAAGCCCAGAAAGUCCGUGUGGAAGCCACUGAAAUAGAGUGUUACGACAGCCUGACUGCAUGUAUGCUUCAGUCCGAGCUGGUUAACUACGAGCGAGUCAAGGAUUAUUGCCUCAAAGUUCUCGAAAAGCAGAAAAGCAACUUCAAAGCUACAUACCGAGCCGGCAUUGCAUUUUAUCACCUUGGGGACUAUGGGAAUGCACUGAUUUACCUGAAGGAUGCUCGAAGCCGAGAGCCCACAGAUACCAACGUCCUUCGUUAUAUCCAGCUGACAGAGAUCAAAGUUCAAAGAUGCAAUCAACGGGAACGAGAAGUUAUAAAGGAUGUUAUUGGAUAAACUGACUGACCCCGCCCCUAACUGCACCUCUUCCCCCAUUAUUAGACUUAUAUUCCCCCUCACUACAUAAAAUAAUGACCCUAAAUUAGAAAACGCUGCAGUGUAUGAUGGUACCCUACUGAUACUGAUGCCCAAUGGUCUCUGCUGGUUCAAAACUUCAGUCUUGUUGUCUUCACUACUAGAACCUUCUUGAAAGGUCUCUUCUUCACCUGUAUAAUGUUUUGAAGCUAUAUAGAUAUCUGUUUAACUAAAAAAAAAGCACCACUUUCAUGUUUAUAGAGGGUCAAAGACUUGAGAUGACUGAUUAUACUAAGUAUUGUUUUUUUACUACAGCACUUUUAUGUUAUAGGGCUUAUAUCCCUUUAUCUUGUCCAGCAAGAGGAUGUCCUCCAACUCUUCCUUUUCCCACAUGACUAACCUGCUUACACCCAGGGAGAGGUGCAUUAUGAGCUUAUACCUAAUUAACUACAUUUUUACGGUGAAUUAUUUUUAGAUUUCCCCCAGCUGUAAAUAACCAUUUAGAGGUAAAUAUUUAAGACUUUUGCUGUAUAUAAAGACACAGAUAUAGGCCUAACCUAACGACAUAGAUCUUAGGCUUAUAGUCCUGAAUUAAAAAAAAUAUUAUAUUUAAAAAAUGAUGUUGAUCUAUAA